AUGCAUGUAAUGCGCCAGCCUAUUUUCCGCAUGCUUCACACAGCCUCUUCAGUUGAUCCCAACGACAUCGCGCAUUUUUCGCGCCUUGCUGACCAGUGGUGGGACGAGAGUGGUGAGUUUGCGCCUCUGCAUCGCAUGAAUCGCGUGCGAAUCGAAUUCAUGCAGCAGAAACUAGAGGAAGUGAGAGGCUGGGAUGCUGCUGUCGCAGAGGCCAUGGGAUACGAUACCAUCCCGACUCCCCUAAACACGCCAGAUUUCCUUUCCGGUUCUCGUAUGCUCGAUGUAGGAUGUGGUGGUGGACUACUCGUUGAGUCAGCCGCGCGACUCGGAGCUUGCGUUACAGGAGUGGACGCGUCGUCGGAAAACAUCCGAAUUGCUUCAUUGCACGCAUCGAAGGACCCGGGACUGCGCAUGCGCACAUCAGAAGAAGACGCGCAAGACGCGUCACUUGCUUACCUAGCGACAUCUGCGGAGACUCUACGUAAUGCAGGGCGUACUUUUGACAUAGUUACUGCCAUGGAAGUUGUUGAGCAUGUAAACCAGCCCGCGGAAUUUCUUCGAUGCCUUGGUUCGCUCGUCAAACCUGGUGGUCACCUAUUCAUGUCAACCAUGUCACGCACUAUGUUCUCGUACUUUCUCACCAUUUUCCUAGCAGAGAAUGUGCUGCAGGUCGUUACGCCAGGAACACAUCGCCAUUCACAAUAUAUCCAUCCGUUUGAAAUGGUUGACUUUUUCCGAGAACUCGGCUGGAUCCCCUCGGAUGCGUCGCUGCUUGCGAACCGACCGCGACUGAAAGAUGGCUCGCCCAUUGCACCUGUGCCGCCGCGUCUUUUGUUCGAAACGCGUGGCACCAUGUACGUGCCUGGCCUUGGGCGCUGGAUUCUCGCUCCACCAUCUGUUGCCGAUGCUUCGGCUCGUGGCGAGGCGUCCCGUGCUCUGUCUUCGGCAUGUCUUCCGUCUUUCCUAGGUGGCGGCAUGCGUCCGACAGAAUUGUGCAACUACUUCUUCUGGAUUCGUCGACCUACUCACACACCCAGCUUGUCCAGCAGCUAG